UAUAAUGUACGAAUCACUGUUUUGUGACAAAAAGGGAGUUCCACUGGAUCUUUAAACAGACUUUUAUUGACUCUUAAAUUGUCCUCUAAUACUGUUGACAUUUCUACCCAUGCCUUGGGGGAUUUAAAAAAAAUUUUUUUUUAAUGUUUUAUUCCUUUUUGAGAGACAGGGAGAGACAGAGUGUGAGCGGUGGAGGCGCAGAGAGAGAGAGGGAGACACAGAUUCCGAAGCAGGCUCCGGGCUCUGAGCUGUCAGCACAGAGCCCGAUGCGGGGCUUGAACCCACAGACCACAAGAUCAUGACCUGAGCCGGAGCCAGACGUUUCAUGGACUGAGACACCCACGUGCCCCGGCCUUGGGUGAUUUUUUAUCUGCAGUCAAACUUGACCUCCUUCACACUGAAGAGUCCCAAAUCUGUAUCUUCUACCCAACUUCUCCUAACUCCAAACUGCUAAAUCCAGACAUCCACUGAUCAUUUGGAUAUCCACUUGGAUGUUCUGCAGGCAUCUCAAACUCACUGUCUCCUCAACUGCACACAUUACAUUUCUCCACGAACCUACGUUCCAGAUCUAAUGAUGGAAAUCCUUAUUCAGUCAGUCGCCCAAGCACAAACCUGGCUUGGUUUCUGCUCUCCCUUCCUACAAGUGGGCAAGUGAGGUUUCUAGGCCAGGAGUGGGCGUGGCGGGGGGGUGGGGGGGAGUGGUCAGUGGAUAGAAAAUUAGGUUUGAUGAAGAGUGGACAGUCACAGAGGAAUAUGCAAAUCCCUAGGAGAAGAUGACCGUGUUCUUUAAAACACUUAGAAAUCAUUGGAAGAAAACUACAGCUGGGAUCUGUCUGCUGACAUGGGGAAGCCAUUGGCUGUAUGGAAAACACUGUGAUAACCUGCUAAGGAGAGCCGCCUGCCAAGAAGCUCAGGUGUUUGGCAACCAACUCAUUCCUCCCAAUGCGCAAGUGAAGAAGGCCACGGUUUUUCUCAAUCCCGCAGCUUGCAAAGGCAAAGCCAGGACUCUAUUUGAAAAAAAUGCUGCCCCAAUUUUACACUUAUCUGGCAUGGAUGUGACUGUCGUUAAGACUGAUUAUGAGGGCCAAGCCAAGAAACUCCUGGAACUGUUGGAAAACACAGAUGUGAUCAUUGUUGCAGGGGGAGAUGGGACACUGCAGGAGGUUAUUACUGGAGUUCUUCAAAGAGCAGAUGAGGCUUCCUUCAGUAAAAUCCCCAUUGGAUUUAUCCCACUGGGACAGACCAGUAGUUUGAGUCAUACUCUCUUUGCCGAAAGUGGAAACAAAGUCCAACAUAUUACAGAUGCUACACUUGCCAUUGUGAAAGGAGAGACCAUUCCACUCGAUGUCUUGCAGAUCAAGGGUGAAAAGGAAAAGCCUGUGUUUGCAGUGACCGGCCUUCGAUGGGGAUCCUUCAGAGACGCUGGCGUCAAAGUUAGCAAGUACUGGUACCUUGGUCCCCUAAAAACCAAAGCGGCUCACUUCUUCAGUACUCUUAAGGAGUGGCCUCAGACUCAUCAAGCCUCUAUCUCGUACACGGGACCCACAGAGAGACUUCCCAGUGGAGCAGAAGAGACCCCUCCCCGGCCCUCUUUGUACAGGAGAAUCCUGCGAAGGCUCGCGUCCUACUGGGCCCAACCGCAGGACGCCCUGUCCCAGGAGCUGAGCCCCAAGGUCUGGAAAGAAGUGCAGCUGUCCACCAUUGAACUGUCCAUUACCACACGGAACAGCCAGCUGGACCUGACGAGCAAAGAAGACUUCAUGAACAUCUGCAUUGAACCCGACACUGUCAGCAAAGGAGACUUCAUAACCAUAGGAAGCAAAAAGGUGAGGGACCCCAGGCUGCGGGCGGCUGGCACCGAGUGUCUCCAGGCCAGCCAGUGCACCCUGCUGCUUCCUGAGGGCACGGGGGGCUCUUUCAGCAUCGACAGCGAGGAGUACGAGGCGAUGCCCGUGGAGGUGAAGCUGCUGCCCCGGAAGCUGCAGUUCUUCUGCGACCCCCGGAAGCGGGAGCAGCUGCUGCCGCGCUCGGCCCAGUGAGCGCCGGCACCCCCGGUGGGACCAAAAGGGAGCAGAGGCCUCGGCAAGUACCCGCCCCUCCCCGCCGCGCAUGCUCCUCCUUCCGUGUGACCACUGUCCCCCUCCGUGGCGCCGUCCCCCCCGGGGGCCCGCGUGCGGUGGAGGGAAAGGGGCCCGACCUCGCGCCGGCCCCCAGGUGCAGCCGGGCUUCUCCAUGGGUGCUGCUGCUUUCUGAGCUCAGAUUCGAAUGUCGCUGGUCUCCGUCCUCCCCUCAGUCCAGAAACCUGUGAGGUGUUUCCCCCUCAGCCGCGAUGCUGUAAGAUACUAGUUUGUAUUAUUUUUUCCAGUAGCGCUUAAGUAUUGGUUUGCAUGAGAACCACCCGGGGGUGCAUGCUGAAAACCUAGCAACUCAAGCUGGGGGUGGAGCCCCGGGAUCUGCAUUUCUAAUUAAAAGCCCAGGUGCUUCUACUCCAUGCGGUCCCCCAGCCUUGCUGGUCAGUGUGGUAAAGCACACCAGCCACCGUUCACGCACCCCUACGAGUAUUUUGGAAGAUCGUGUAUCCCUCACACUUUCUAGAUAUCAACUUAAGAGUUGCCAGUAUGUGUAUUUCCUGGUGUCAUGUAAAUAUUGGUUAUUUUAAAAUAAAGCUGUUACAUCACUCUUUUAAACAUA